AUGGACAGGGCUUGUUCGUUGUGUGCCAAGUGUAAGUUAGAGUCCAGUCAAGAAGAUGAAGUGUGUCCUCGCCUUAAUUCUGACUGCAUGUCUCUGUCAAGGGACAGUAAAUUAGUUUGGGAGUGGCAGUCUUCUCUGUCUGGCGGUGCUAAAACGAUGAACUCUCCAAAAUGUUCCGACUAUCACUCGGCUCACUCAAUGUGCCUGACAGACAGGGGCAAGAUUCUGCCGUUGUCGAGCUACGACAAGGAAACCAUAGUGAACAAACACAACCAGCUCAGAGCCGGUGUCAACCCUCCAGCAAAAGAUAUGCAAAAACUGUAUUGGGAUAAUGAACUGGCCGCCAUUGCCGCAAAAUGGGCUGCACAGUGCACCAUGGGCCACGACGAGAACAACAAUCGGGCAGCAAACGGUUUUCCUGGCGUCAGUAUUGGACAGAACAUGGCGUUUGGACAGACGAGUUUUAUGAGAGCCAUAGAUGCCUGGUAUUCGGAGGUCAAUCACUUUCAAUACGGGAGCGGUUCUCAGACCGGCGAGGCCAUUGGUCACUACUCUCAGGUUGUCUUGGCAACGGCUGCCAGAGUUGGAUGCGCAAAGGUUGACUGCAGUGGUAAAAUGAAAUAUCAAAUGGUGUACGCCUGCAAUUAUGCAACAGGACAGACGCCAACGCAGCAGAAGCAGCCAUAUUGUAAGACGUGCACGUCAAAGACAGGAAAUCUCUGUGACUGCCGAGGAAUGUUGUGUCUCAAUGGAGGAACUUUCGACAUCUCUACCUGUUCCUGCAAGUGCUGGUCGCUGUUUGGAGGAAAUCAGUGUGAAAUAAUUGAGAGUAAAAGUGCCCUAGUACGACACAGAAGGGCAUAUAAAUGUUCUGACUACCCCUCAUCUCACUCCAUGUGUCUGACGGACAAGGGGACGAAUGUGCCGUUAUCGGCUGCCGACAAAAAGGCCAUAUUGGACAUACACAACGAACUUCGGGCUGGCGUCAGCCCUCCAGCAAGCGACAUGCAGAUACUGCACUGGGAUGAUGAACUUGCCGCAAUUGCCGCCAAAUGGGGUGCACAAUGCCAACAGGGUCAUGAUGCGAACUCCGCUCGCAGAGCUAAUAACUGCCAGGGAAAGGUGUGCUUUAAUGGCGGCACAUUCGACCUCUCGACCUGCUCGUGUACAUGCUGGCCACUCUACACAGGGGAUCAGUGCGAAACAAAGGUAUGCCCUGCAACCAAAACAGAUCAUCCCUCCUGCACAGACGCCGAGAACGCCGACUCUUGUACAAAAUACAGCAACUGGGCUCCAGAAUACUGUCCGUUCUUCUGUGGACUCUGUCCGGACUCGUGUUCCAUAAAGUGCGAGAACGGAGGAUCUGUUAACUCGGUGCCUUGCACCUGUCUCUGUCCACCUGGCUUCACUGGCAAGCGUUGCGAAACAUCAGACAACCCGGACCCUACCACACCUGCGCCUCCGACUACCAAAGAAAAAACUACACAACCUACAACCACUGAAGACACAGACACAACUGAACCUGAUCAAGUAGACACCACGGAACCCGAUGUGCCAGACACAACUGAACCCGAUCAAGUAGACACCACUGAACCCGAUGUUCCAGAUACAACUGAACCCGAUCAAGUAGACACCACGGAACCCGAAGAGCCAGACACCACGACUACACGAGCUACUCCACGCCCGGGCGUCGACUGUUUCAAGGGAGAGAGUCUGGUGUGUAUCGCUGCCGACGUCUUCCCAGGAUACAGGAUUUACGUGAACGCCUACAACUGCCCUCACAUCAGCGGAGCCUGUCCAGUUGGAUGCGACUACAGACAACCGGAAAUCUGCAGCAUAUAUUCCAGUGUCAACUGCGACAGAUACCCUUCAUUUAAUAGAGUUUGUCCUAUGAAAUGUGGACACUGCGACAAGUAAACAACCUUUUCUCCUGAUGACAUCAUGUCAGCAGACCUCAUCACUGGACAGAUGACUCAAUUUCACCAUUGUAUUAAAAUCAUAUAAAAUUAACAAUUCA